AAGAAAAGCUUGGAGCCUUCUGCCUUUUAUAAUCUCUUGGGCUGGGCCCGGUUGCCUUAAUCCGAGCCUUUGGGCCAUCCAAUUCCAACUUCCAAGUGUGUCCGUCCAUCCAUUCCGCCAUGAUCCAUCCAAUGUUCUCCGCCGCACGUUGCUUCGUCCCUCUCCAUCCCCAGCCGCACGCGGCAAUCCCCUGCCGCCGCGCGCCGGCGCCCACCGUCGUGUCAGCCAAGCCGCGGCGCUGGACCAGAGGAGGGUCCCGUCGUGACCGCUCAUGGGACGACGACGGCGGCGGCUUCGAUUCCGACGUCGAUGACGGCUUCUUCGGGCAAGAGCAGGACGACGACGACGAAGUGCCGGAGCGGGAGGAGGCAACACCCGGACGGCCCAUCUCACCGGCGCCGGCGCCCGAGGGGGGGCAGCUGCGGGGGUCCGACGUGCUGCGCGCGCUGCAGAGGGCCGCGGCGGCGAAAGAGGCGGCCAGGAGGAAAGACAAGAAGCCCGUGGCGCGCCGGCAGGCCAAGGAGAAGCCGGGGGCAGGCGACGUGGUUGUCGGGGAGGUGAGGCCAGUGGUGAUAAGGCCCGAGUGGGCGGCGAGGAUCCGGGAGCUGGAGCUCAGGGUGCAGCAGCUCGCCGACAAGUACCACCACCACCAGUAGGCUUGUGACCAUUACUGGCAGUGGCCGGGCAGGGACUGCUCUGCUUUCUCAUUUUCUCCUGUGCGACACUGCCAGUCAAGAUUCAGAAUGUAACAAACGUUGAGAAACUGAAGCCAUCAUCUGACGGUUCGCGCGAAACGCGAUUGCGCAUUUCAUUUCCUGCCAAUAUGUGCAUGUGAUUGCACAACGCAAAGAUUUUCCAAGUGUUUCGGGCACAAACUGUGCUACU